UAGAGAAGGCGGCGUGGAAUAGGACGCGUUUGUUUACCGUUUCUGAUACGAUAAAUAAUCAAAAUCAAAAAAGUCUUGUAAAGCAAGUUUUCUUUCUUUUCCCAUUCUGUAGUUCUGCUGGAAGUUCACUAAUUGACUCAUUCCCAUUCACCGCCUCUUCCACCACUUUCCACCUCUCUGACUUUUAUAGAAACCCCACACUUCACUUACUUCACUCCACCACCCUCAACUACUUAAACUAAUCUUCAGUAAAUCAAAACCCUAAAACAAAUACCAAACGUGUAGUCUAACAAACACUCUCCCAAACCCAAACCCUCCCUCUUUCUUGCGCAGCCCCUUUUUCCCUUCUAAACUUCUCACGCAACUUCUAUCUUUCUCCACAUCACUCUACAAAACUCCUUUCCUAUAUAAAUCCCACCUCCACUCCUCACUCUCUCAAAAACAGUAAAAAGAAAACCUAACUCUCAACUCUCUCUAAAUGGCUCUUGAAACCUCCUCCUCUUUCAAUCACCACUUCAAACACACAAUGGAUUCCGAAGAAGAAGAUCUUGUUAACAACCAUCAAGACGCACCAUGGGCAAAAAGAAAGCGUUCUAAACGUUCUCGUUUUAGCAACGACAGUUCAUCACCACCACCACCGCCACAAACAGAAGAAGAAUAUCUUGCUCUUUGUCUCAUCAUGCUUGCUCAAGACCGUUCUAGUACUAUUAUUUCAUCUUCUACAAACACUACCGCAUCGGCAGCGGCAGCUCCACAGCCGUCAACAUCCGCAGCGGCGAUGACUUCGGAGAAAGUAGUAAACAGUUAUAAUUGUAACGUUUGUGGCAAAUCUUUCGGUUCAUAUCAAGCUCUUGGAGGACAUAAAGCAAGUCACCGCACUAAAGUCACUGCACUUCCGACUAGUACUACUACUGCACUGCCCACUGUUUCAGACGAUCAAUCAACGACAACUAUGAACAGCCCGGUGAUGGGUAAUCGUCUUGGUAAGGCUACAAGGGUUCAUGAAUGUUCGAUUUGUCACAAGUGUUUUCCAUCUGGACAAGCUUUAGGUGGGCAUAAGCGGUGUCACUACGAAGGUGGUCUUGUUGGCGGUGGGAAUCAUAGCGGCGGCGGUGGAGGAAAUCAUAGCGGUGUUACUUCUACCACUACUAAUACCUCGGACGGUGCUGGUACCAAUCACCGGAACUUCGACUUGAAUUUGUUACCGGUUCAAUUACCUUCCGAAUUCUGGCCUGGUUUUAACAAUAUUGAAGAUGAAGUACAAAGUCCUCUCACUAUGAAGAAGAACAAAAUUAGUGAUUAAUUAGUAAUUUUCUUAUUUCGAUAAAUAUAUAAAUUUGUUUAAUUAGUCCUUUGAUUGAUUCAUUCAAGCUUUAGGUUUUAUUAGAAACAUUAUAUUUACACAUUAUGUACAGUUUGAUCAUAUUAUUUGAUUCGUUCUAUCAAAAUGUAAGGCUGGAUAAAUUGGACAAGUUGUUGUUGCGUGUUACAUUUUCUUUUUUUGUAUUCGUAUAAUCAAAAAAUUUAUGUACCUGAAUUUGGGUAGA